AGCGAACGCGCUCUACUACUCAUAUUGAAGACGCUGCUCCCUGUUUGCUCGUGCGCUUCACUGACCCACAGCACUGACCCACAGCAAACACCAUCACGCAUCCCGAAUGAACAGCAACUCCGACAGCGAAUCAGAAUCAUCCCUUCCCGUUCAAACUGUGCCAGCAAUCUGCUCUUCGCCUCCAAUCCAUUGGCGCCGCUCUACCUCUCCCGCUAUGGAUAACAAACUUGCAAUCAAGUCGGAGCCGCCCCUCACCCACGAUGCAGACUCUAGCCAGCCGCCGCUGCGGCGAGUGAGCUCUGAAGAGACCGAACGUCCGCCCUCUGCUCAGCAGCUUCCCGAAGAGGUAGACGAGCAAGCUGACCCCAAUGACGAUGAUGAGCUGGAAGAGGAAGAAACCGAUCCGGCCGACGCGGUUGCUGAUUUUGACUGGAACGGCUUGCACGAGCGGUAUCACGAAGCUGUUAAUAAAUGCCACGGUCAGGAGAUAGAGAUGAUGCAGGAGUGGGAAAGCAUGAUGACUUUUUUCCGCAUCUGGGUAGAUUCUGGGCAUGAGCAUGAGACGGGCCGGACAUACUCACGCCUUCGAACACGAAUGACCCACGUCCAACACUCAGAGGCCACACUGGAGAGAACCCGAACCCACUGUGAGCCAGGAUAGCCUUGGCCUUUCUAGAAUAUAUACGCUCAUACAGCCUAGAUAUCAAUGUUGUGAGAGCUUUCGAAAGUGCGCUUGACCUCCUCAAGGCC